AUGAUUUCCAAGGUCAUCAUAGCGCUGCACGUCAUCUUGACGCUAGUCAUACUCGCGUUGACCGUCAGGAUUCUGCAGGAUGAGCAGAACGAGGAGAGUGGCAUAGUACAGAUUCUGCUACGGAAAGAAGCGCGGCGCUUUGUUCAGGUUCCUGAUGUGGUCGGAUCUAUCGCCACAGCGGUGAAAAGUGCGGCCUCCAGCGUGGUCACAGCCGCAGUUGCGUCGGGCGAGUCUCUAGUCGCCGCAAGCCUGCCGUCGCGCGUGUCGGUGGGCACGAAGUACGCAUGUGUGGAUUCUGAAUGCUCCGCUGUCCCUGGUUCCGCGUUCCAUCUGGUCCAGUACUUGGUCUCGUUCCUUCCUUCGCCUGAGGAGGCCGAAACGUUACAGGAGUUGGUAGACAAAUGCCCGAACCUGAAAACCUUUCUGUCCGCCGGGUUGGGAUGUGCUCUUGCUUCGACCAUACUGCUACUUUCCGGUCUCAAAUUCAGGUUGCUCCGCUUCGUAUCGCUUGGAUUGGGUACCGUCUCUGUUAUCCUGUUUGCAGUAGCCGCUGGCUUCGCGGUGUCGCUGUACAAGACAGCCGAGGCUGUGGCAGACCUCCUUGGUGUCGAGGCGAGCAGAGGAGACGUCUUUGAGGCAUCCCUAGCAGACUUCGUAGCAAGCUUGAUUAUGACGGCGCUCGUACUCGUGGAGAUCAUCCUUUGA